CACACACACAUCCAUACACACGGGGAUAGAUGGACGGAGGCGCUGCAGGAAGACGUCGGUGAGGGAGCUGCUGAAACGGUGAGAAGCGAGGAGUCCUGAUCGUCCAGACGCCGGAGAUGCUCAGAAACCACCGGACAGGUGAUUUUCAGCGUUCAGGCACACCAGUGUGUUAGGACAGAUCCUGCUGGUCGGCACUGGGCAGCUGAUGCACAUGCACGACACCAUGGGCAGCUCCCCCGAGGUGCUCUCGUGGACUUCAUGCCCUAGUCUGCUGGUGGGCAAACUGAAGGAGGAGCUGAAGCUCACCGUUGUCGGGGACGCCAUGAAGAAAUCCAACUCGCCCGGCUCCCAGACCCAGCCUCCCCAGGCCCCUCUUUCCAGCCUGCCACCUCAGAUCAUCACGGACCUGGCGCCGCCCACGCACCUUGCCGUUCCGCUGCAGAUGCUGCAGACGCCAGCGCAGGACGAGGACUCGGUGCUGGGGGGCAUCAGCCCGCCCAACACAGCGCUGAGCGUGGACUCGACCCGAAGCGAGGGCGGGAACUUCGACAACAGCGUGCUGCAGCUGCAGGAGCAGGACCACGAGGAGGCCGUGUCGCCGGCGUCCUGCGAGCACGGCUGCGGCAGCGGCAUGGACGAUCAGGGGGGAGAGGGCGACUGUCCAGGGGACCACACCGGAGAGGGGAGGCCGAACCACCCGCACCACCCCGACGACAUCAAGCUGCACUUCCAGAGAGCGGGGCCUGGGUCCGGGGGCUUCCUAGAAGGGCUUUUCGGCUGUCUCCGCCCCGUCUGGAACAUCAUAGGGAAGACUUACUCCACAGAAUACAAGCUGCAGCAGCAAGACAUGUGGGAGGUUCCCUUUGAGGAGAUUUCAGAGCUGCAGUGGCUUGGCAGCGGCGCGCAGGGAGCGGUCUUCUUGGGGAAGUUUCGCUCUGAGGAGGUGGCCAUCAAGAAAGUACGAGAGCAGAAGGAGACGGAUAUUAAACACCUGCGGAAACUCAAACAUCCCAACAUUAUCAGCUUCAAGGGUGUGUGCACGCAGGCGCCCUGUUACUGCAUCAUCAUGGAGUACUGUGCCCAGGGGCAGCUGUACGAGGUGCUGAGGGCAGGGAGGAAGGUGACACCCAGGCUGCUGGUGGACUGGGCCUCAGGCAUCGCCAGCGGCAUGAACUACCUGCACCUGCACAAGAUCAUCCACAGAGACCUGAAGUCACCCAACGUUCUGGUCACCCACAACGACACUGUGAAAAUCUCUGACUUUGGAACGUCCAAAGAGCUCAGCGACAAAAGCACAAAGAUGUCAUUUGCGGGUACGGUGGCGUGGAUGGCCCCAGAAGUAAUAAGAAAUGAGCCUGUGUCGGAAAAAGUAGACAUUUGGUCAUUUGGAGUGGUGUUAUGGGAAUUACUCACUGGAGAGAUUCCCUACAAAGACGUGGACUCCUCCGCCAUCAUUUGGGGCGUUGGCAGCAACAGCCUUCACCUUCCCGUCCCCUCCACCUGCCCGGACGGCUUCAAAAUCCUGAUGAAGCAGACGUGGCAGGGAAAGCCCAGGAACAGGCCGUCAUUUCGACAGAUUCUCCUGCAUCUAGACAUCGCCUCCGCUGAUGUUCUGGGAGCCCCUCAGGAGACGUACUUCAAGUCUCAGGCAGAGUGGAGGGAGGAGGUGAAGAAGCACUUUGAGAAGAUCAAGAGCGAAGGGACCUGCAUCCACCGGCUGGACGAGGAGCUGAUCCGACGCAGGAGGGAUGAACUCAGGCACGCACUGGACAUCCGGGAGCACUACGAGAGAAAACUAGAGCGAGCCAACAACCUGUACAUGGAGCUCAGUGCCAUCAUGCUACAGCUGGAAGUCCGAGAGAAGGAACUCAUGAAGAGGGAACAGGCGGUGGAGAAGAAAUAUCCCGGCACCUACAAGCGGCACCUCGUCCGACCCAUAGUCCGAGCCAACGCUGUGGAGAAGCUCAUCAAGAAGAAAGGAAGCAUCUCCCACAAACCCGGGAUGGCCUCCACCAAAAGGCCCGACCUGCUUCGCUCUGACGGCAUCCCCAGCCUCGACCCCCUCCCGUCGCCCUCGCCGCUGUCUGCCAGCCCGAAGGUCUCCACGCCGCCCGGAAAAGCUCGCUACCGGAGCAAGCCCCGGCACCGCCGGGCCAACAGCAAAGGAAGCCACAACGAGUUCCCCGCCGUGCUGAAGCCCGUAGCCGGCCCGGCCGAAGACACCCAGUCUCUCCAGGAGCCGCCGUUCCACCACCACCACCACCACCACCACCUCCCACCGUCCACCGAGGGGCCUAUCCUCCCACUGAAGGGCCGCGAGGAGGCCGUGGUCAACUGUGCCAACAACCUGCGCUACUUCGGCCCCGCCGCUGCCCUCCGCAGCCCUCAGACCGACCACCUGCAGCGCCGCGUUUCCGGAUCCAGCCCAGACCUCAUCUCCACCGCCGUGGACGCAGACACGCGGCAGCGGACUUCCUCCGCCGGCACCAACCCCGUUCCGGGCGCGGGCGCCGGGUCGUUGUGUCCCUGCUGCCAGGCCCACCCCUUCCCCGGCUGCCUGCACUGCCAGGAGACCCCGCCUCCCUCCAGCCACCCGGAGCUGCCGCACUACUCCCUGCUCAACACCCAGGAGGGCGGCCAGCCCAACGCAGACCCCGCCCUGGACGGAGAUGCCACCAAGACAGCUGAGCCGCAGGAACUCGACGCAUCCCAGAACCCCCACCCUCUUCCCCCGGCGCUGCCUCGCACCAUCAGACCGCUCAGGAAGGGAGGCGAUGAGUCAUCCGAAGAAGAGGAGGGAGAGGUGGAUAGUGAAGUGGAGUUUCCAAGGAGACAGAGACCUCAUCGCUGCAUGAGCAGCUUCCAGUCCUACUCCACCUUCAGCUCAGAGAACCUGUCGGUGUCGGACGGGGAGGAGGGGAACACCAGCGACCACUCGCACAGCGGGCCGCUGGAGAGGCUGAGCGCCAGCCAGGAGGAGCACCUGGACGAGCUGCUGUCGCACACGCCGGACAUCCCCAUCGACAUCUCCACCCAGUCCGACGGCCUCUCCGACAAGGAGUGCGCCGUCCGGAGGGUGAAGACGCAGAUCUCGCUGGGGAAGCUGUGCUCCGACGAACACAGCUACGAGAAUCCGCUCCAGUUCGGGGACUCGGACUGCGACUCGUCGGAGGCAGAGUGCUCCGAUGCCACGAUCAGAAACAACAAAGUGGGGCCGCCUUCCUCCUGGUGAAGUUGCCCGAAGGGCUCCACUCUGUUUUUUGCCUGGAGGCCAUCAUGUCCCACUCUGCUCUGCAGAAAAUACAGCAAUAAGAGGACGACGUUGUAAACAAAGCCCCCCCAAUAGCAAAGUCCCAUAUAAUCUCUCCCAGAGCCCCCUCCAACCAUCCCCCUUCCCUCCAUCUGAAACCCCAUCCCCCAUUAUCUAGCACAGCAUCCAGGCAAAACCCAUGGCAGGGAUUCCCUUUUGAAAGAUAAUGUACAGCAGACACUUUAACAUUCAUAAUUUAUUUUUGUCUGAGUUUUGAAGGAAAAUUCAGGACUUCUGUGAGCUCUCUGAUCUGAACAGAGAGGAAAAAAAAAAACACUGACAUCUUGAAACUGAGCGUGGGCUUACUGUGCGCCGGCGAGAAGCUGGAACCCAAUGCAGAUGAGAAAGAACAUGCUGUGUGGAUUUAUCCGAGGCUCACGACUCCACAACUGCAACGGUCUGUGUGUGACCGACACAGAGGAGGAGCAUCGCUACAGAGCCUCCGCGUGGCUGCAGUCGCUUUUACACAUUUCUGCUGUCUUUAGAUGGAAAUCCCCAACCGACGAGCAAUCUCUGCAUUGCAGUUUGAACAACCCGCUUCAUCCCAAGUUUCCAGUGAUCAGCCUCAGUAAGUACCCCUGCUUCCUCCUCCUCCUCCUCCUCCUCCAUCCUGUCCCCAUCCUGCCGGCGCGCGGGGAACGAGGAGCGAAUGGAAACAGUGUGAACACCAGCAUGAACAACCUGCCUCGCAACGAGACUCGGUCCUACUAUCGGACCACCAUACCUGUCCUGUCUUUGUGACCCCUCUCUCUCCCCCCCCCCCCCAGCUGUCAAAGCAUGCCCGUGCAGCUCGCGGAAACACUGCAUGAAGUGGACGAGCCAGCAAGAGCCACAGAGAAAAAUCUAAGCCGACAGCUGAGAAAAAAAAAAAAAGCAAAACAAAAUACUUUCCCUCCAGAAUCCCGCUCUCUUAAGACACGCCAUCGUUAUUAGCAAUCAGAUGUCACAGCGAGCGUCAUUGGGGGAGUGUUAUUCAUGAGAGUGCGUGUGAUGACAAAGGCCCUCCCUCCUCAUCAGACAUCACAGUUUCAAGUCUCAUCUCAGGAUUGUUCGAGGACUGUGAAACUAGACCGGACCAAUUACUGUAUGUAGGAAUGUUCUUCGAGUGGCGCAUAUUGUGGACCAUGCAGGAAUAUUUAAAAAAAAAAAGAAAAAGGUCUUACAGAUAGCCUUGAUGUUCAACCCUUUAUCGCUGUAACAGACGUUGUUUUGUAGAAACCAUUUCAGCCUCAUUGCCAGGUGUGGUAUCCCUUUUCUAGAAAAUCUCUCAGCGCAGCAACAUCCCAUUAACCAUUUUCUAGCAGCGUAGUUUAUACCGUCUGGUGCGUCACAUUCAAUACAUGCUACCUUAUUUUCUCUCCGCUGUGGUAAAUGGAGCAGCAAUAAUCUGUGGUGCGGUUUGGCUCUCAGGUGAGAGAGGCGACACUUGCUCAGGAUCUGGGACGUCUAGCUGGCUAGACACAGACGCAGUGACUGGUGGCUAGAGGCGAACGGCGUGUGUGACAGAGGAUAUAUUUUUGAACUGUCCCAUUUUUGUGAAUCUGCCUUUUCCAGAGUACAAUGCUCAGGUUUUGUGUUGCUGUUUGAGAAUUAGAGCAAUAUAUCAACAGCCACUAGAUGGCAACGGCGACACAGAUUUAAAUUGCCUUGUGUUCUGAAAAUGCCCUGGCUCUUUUUCCCUAACCAAGGUAAUGUAUCUCUCGCUUCCUAAUGACCAUCACAAUCUUAAAAUCCCAGCAAUAUUACACUUUUUUUGUCUAGAUAUUUUUGAAAGGGGAUACUGCAUCUGUGAGAGCUUACUUUUUUUAUUUUGUAUGAUUUCUUUUUUUUUUUUUAAAGCCCUGUUUCUCAUACAUCUUUCUGACAAACAGCCAGGGUUGAAUUUAACGAUAAUGAUGUCAAGACGUCAGCUGAAGUGAACGCAGGCGGCUGAGACUCUACGUUAAGGAACAUAAGCCAGAGACGAGGCCACAGAGCAUCAGGCUGCUCGUGGUUAUCAGAGACCUCAUCUCAGUGUUACUCCUGUAUAUAAACAUGUGUAAAUGUAAUGUGACCUUCUUCUCCAUGCCUCUUCUUCUUCUUCUUCUUCUUUUUUGUCCUCUCUUUACCACACAGCUCUGGCAAAGCUGUGUUUUUUUUUUUGUCAUUGAUGACCAGAUAACUGGUUGAAAACAAGCAGGAAACCUUUCACAUCAGUGUUGAACCCCACCGGGCGGCUGAUGAUAAAACGAGUAGCACAAGGUGAAACUUUACUGAGGGAUCAGUUACCUUUUGCUUGGGAGCUGCGGAAAGGUUCUGGCCUGGUAUGGAAACAGCUGCUGCCUUUCCUUGAGCCUCCUCCUACUGUCUUCGCUCAUGUUUACGUUCGUGUGAAAUAACCUAGUGUAUUGUAAUGACUGGGUGAUCCGAUCAAGCUGUUAUAACAUUGUCUUUCUGGCAUAUAUCCUGUGAAGUAUGAUUGUCGUGAAGUUUUAAUUUAUCUUUGAUCUUUUUUUUUUUCUUUGUAGCUGGCCUACAUGAUUGUUGAAUUAAUUUAUUUUUUGAAUGACUGGUGAGGAGUAGCAUUCUUUAUAAUUUGAGGCAGCUUCAGAAUUGUCAUUACUUAUGAUUUUUUUCUCCUGAAAGUAUUAUUUAAAGGAAGCACAAUGAAUCGGAAUGGGAAGAGGACAGUAUUUAUGAGACCGAACAAAAACCAUUGUCAAAUCAUUUGAACCUGCAGGGGACCGUUUAACAGUUGAGUUGUUGCAGAUGAAAUGUUAAUUUAACAAACUUUACAGCAAGUGUUCCUGAGGAUUCUUUUUUUUUUCUUUCUUUUUUUUAAUGAAUAUAAUUGGAUCUUGUGAUAGGCUGUUAUUAAUCAUGUCCAACCACUGGAUGGCCAGUGGAUUCUCACAGCAGGGUAAAUGCGACGUUACACGUGAUGCGGGUUUCUGUACUACUGCAGCGAUAUAUUCCCUUCCAUUUUAAUCAAAGCAUCACUUAACAUCUGAAUUUCUGUGAAAAUGUUUCUCUUAACUGUGGACAUCACGUUGCCUCACCCCAGUGUAUCAAACGUCCGUUUCUUUGUUAUUCUUCAUUUACAGCUCCCUCUCCUGUUAAAUGGCAUCAUGAUCAACCAAUCCUGUCGGUUUCCUGUAUUACCCCCGUGUACAGUGCAACGAGUAUCUGGGAGAAUAAAAUCAGAGCAAACAACUGCAUGGAAUAAAUGCUGAUGUACUGUA